UGAUUAAACAAAAUUAGAAAUGAAGUUUCCGUGGCCAUUUCCUCCCUCUUUCCCUGUAAUUGUACUACUACCUCUCUUUUUAAAUUAAAUAAUACGGAGUAAUUAAUCAAUCCCCAACUCCACCAUUAUUAACACCUCUGGCUUAGUUUUACCUCUGGGUUUGUCUCUCUCUCUCUCUAUAGUCUCUAGUUCUGUAGCAAUAAAAUAAUAUAGAAAAAUGGCAGGGAUGCUACCAGGAGUAGAAGCAGCAAGAAGGAGAAGAGUUCAUCAAAGCAGUAAUACUACUACUAGUUCUUCUUCAUCUCCUUCCUUCAGACGCUCUUCUUUCUCUCUCUUCUCCUCCAAUUCCUCUGCUUCUCUUUUGGGCGAAACGAGGAGCAGGAUGGCAUAUGAAGAAGAUGAGAAUUGGAAGCUGGGAGUUUUAGCUAGAGAAGCCAAGGUUAGACUUGAUCACAAGCUCAGAGCUCCAACUCUUAUUAACCCAACAAGGAAUAACAGUAACAGUGAUCAAUUGAGUGAAAGAUCAGAUGGAGGGUUGAGAAGAGAGGUGUUGGGAAGAAGAAAGAAGAAGAGUUUAUUGGUAAUUAAAAAGUUAGGAUGGAAUUGGAAUUGGAAUUGGAAUUGGAAAUCAGGAGAGCAACAAGAGUGUGCAGUUUGCUUGGAUGAAUUCAAAUUGGGUCAAAAUGUAAUCAAUUUAGCAUGUGCUCAUAGAUUUCAUUCCAAUUGUGUUUUGCCUUGGCUCAACACCAAUGCUCAUUGCCCUUGUUGCAGGCUCUCCAUUUUGUAACCCCCUCUUUUCUUUUAAUUAAUUUGUUUGACGUUAUUCUGGA